AUGGAAUCAUCAAAAUAAGCAAUUGAAGCAAAGCCAAAGAAGAGAAUGAACCCAGAGAUGAAGGAGGCCAAUGAAAUUGUCAGAAAGCAACUUGUGUAGAAGGUAAAAAACAGAGAUGAGUCAGCAUUCAUUAACUAAUAAAAGGAUUGGACUAGUAAAGAGCACUUUUCUAUCCCAGAAGAUAUUCUCAAGGGAAUCAAUGAUGAACUUGGUUUUAAGAGACCUUCUAAUAUCUAGGCAGCUGCUAUUCCACUUAUCCUAAAGAAAGAUGAGAAGGGAAAUUAUGAGCAUUUAAUCAUCUAAUCAAAUUUUGGUUCUGGUAAAACUGGAGCUUAUACAAUUGGCUCUCUACUCAGAAUCGACUCCUCUAUUAAAAAGAUAUAAGUUAUUGUACUGGGGUACCAACGAGAGAUUAUUAACCAGAUCUCUGAAAUGUUCAUAAAUGCUACUUUAUUCUCAGAAAUCACAGUAAAAAACUGUGUUGAUGAUGUCUUUAGGAAACCUUCAGAACAUAUUUUAAUCACAACAUUAGGCAAACUUAAUUCAUAUGUUACUGGUAGAAAUAAAGUUGAUCUAUCCGCAUUGAAAAUAGUAGUAAUCGAUUUUGCUCGUUUAUUCUUUGAUCAAAUAAAGUCAGAAGCAGAACUUAAUGGAAUCUUAGAUGCAAUUAAGAAACUUGGCCACUAAGUUUAAUUCAUUGUAUUAUCAGAUACUUAUAAUGAAUAAGUUCAAUACAAACUCGCUAAUCUCAUUGAAGAAGCUAAUCAGAUCAGUCAAGAGAAUUCUCAACUGCAACUAACCAACAUUAUCAAUUACGAAUAUAAGUGUGAACCCAGAGGGAAAAUAGAUUUUAUUAAGCAAGUCUUUGAUACCAUCUCAAUGACUCAGACUAUUAUCUUCAUAAACACUUUAGACUUUGCAGAAACUGUAUUCAAUAUUUUGAAGCAUGACGGCUAUAAGGUUGCUAUCCUCUUCAGUAAAAUGUCUAAGGAAGAGAGAGAUGAAAUCAUGAUCAAAUUCAGAGAAAGAAGAGUCAACGUCCUCAUUACUACCAAUAUUCAAGUUGAAGGUAUAUAUAUCCCAAAUAUUGGUAUGGUAAUUAACUUCGAUGUGCCUAAGUUAAGGGUUCAAGGAAAAUUCAAACCAGACUAUGAAAACUUCCUGCAAAGAAUUGUUCAUGCCGGUAGAUUUGGAAAGACUGGUAUAGCUUUAACAUUGUACGAUAACGAGAAUGAUGAGUUGAUAUUCCAAAAAAUCAUUACUCACUAUGAAAUGGAUAAGAUGGUACAGAAGCUAGACUCACCUAGAAAGCUUAAGGAUCUUCUAGAGGAACUUAUCAUUGCUUGA